AUGAAGACAAAGACCAAAGUCGAACGUUGCUGGCAAUUCUUUUUGAGCCUGAUUAGAUGGGUGCAAGACGCCUUGUAUUCCCUCUGGACUUUCUGCGCCCACCGCAUCAAACGCGCCGUCUAUGGAAGACGACCACAAGCCCCGCAGCCGAUCAUCAGCGCCGGCCUGCGCGGUGUCUUAUGGCAGUGCAAGGUGCAUUUACUCCCCAUCUGUGGCACAAUAACACUGUCAUACCUUAAUCUAGCGGGGUACUUUAUUGGUAGCAAUUACUUGGGUUUGUCGCAAAAGAUCUAUCAAGACCUCGAUGCGCUAUUGCUGCAGAUUACCGCCAAGCUGAUGGAGAUCGCUGUAAUCGCUUCAACUUCAAUAGUUGUCAUGGAUCUCCUGCGCGAGUCGCUCCUCUACAAGCCACAAGGCCUACCAUUAGGUCUGCUCAGUGCUGGGUUCCGUUUCUCAGACCUAAGCUACUUCUGGACGCCUGAUUUCCUCUGGGGAAGUUUUGCAUCUAGACGAAUAGUCCUCACAGCUGUCCUGGUCAUUGCUGGUCUCCUGGCUGUCUUAUCUGGCCCUGCAUCGGCGCUGUUGAUGAUUCCCUCACGUACCGACUGGCCGGCAGGUGGUGCUACUUUCUACCUUGCUGGCUCUACAGACUCGUUAUGGCCGACGAAUCUAACAUCUGCAUCAACCGGAAUCCCAGCAUGCGAUUCGCCUAGUGAGACGAUCAUCAACGGCCUCUGGUUGAACAUGUCCAGCUGUCUCUGGAACGGAUACCCGGCAAUUGCACAGGCGUUUCAGGCUUUGCAUUUCAAUACUUAUGAAAACCAGAUUGAGAUGUCAGACGGGAUUAUGAAGCGCAUGCUCUCAGUGCAGAUCAAGGGGCGCGUGACCGACACGUGGGCGCUUGGGAUCGAUAUGAGCACAGGGGCGUAUUCCACUGAGCUGGCAUCCAUCUGGUACAACCAGGCGCUAUUUGGCGCUCCUUUAGCCAAGACCAAGUAUCGCAAUUUCCAGUAUCGUGAGCGCAAUUCUACUAUGACGGCGGUGCGAAGUACCCUUCCAGUCGUGCGGACGAACUGCAAUUAUUAUGAGAAUGUCAACUUUCUCAAUAUGACCAAUUCUGGGCCUCAAUAUCAGUCUGCCCUGACGGACGUUGGGUUUGUGCUUUCUACGCCCACAGGCUACAACUCUUCUCGCAUCACGGCAACAUGGCGAGCCAUACAAAACAAUGAAUCCGUUGGCAUAACUGUUGACUCUCAAGGGAACUAUGUCUCUGGCUGGCCAAGUGCUUUCCUGGAUAUCCAAGUCCCUUAUGAAGGCCAGUCCUCGGACGGUGUAUUUUUCGCCUGCUCGAUUGAUGCGAGAUGGGUUGCAGGUAACGUGGUGGGGACUAACGUCGGCUAUCUGUCGGGGAUGCCCUUGCAACAAGCCGUGAUCCCGACACAUUCGGACCUAGAUAAUAAUAACUUCCCUGCCAUCAAUGACGGGAACUGGCGAACUGUGCGGUUGGAAGGGUCGUGGCUGGACAGCCUGACACCGGUGCUGGGUAGUAACAACUCCGGUUGGAAUACUCUUUCAUCUGCUACUCACGCUGCGGGCAUUGAUAACUCGACUGGUUUAAUCGUGGCUUAUGUGGAUGCUGUCGGAAGUCUGGAGGGUGUGAUUUCUUCCCUGGUCGUGGAUGGCAUGUCUCGAGUAGGAUAUGCAGAUAAUGGGGGGACGUACACCCUCAUGUCAGAUAUUGAAUAUCUGAUCUACAUUGACCCUGAACAUGAGAAAAAGACUCUCAACGAUCUUCUGUCUGGGUCCUUGGAACUACCAAGGUCAGACGCACAGUCGACACAGUUACGCUGGGGCGUUACCAUCACAGGUUUGGCGUACAGUGGGAACAGCACGUCGUACUACUUGUCCCUGGCAUUACUAUACGUGCAUCUACUUCUGGCGAUUUUACAUACCGUAUAUUCCGUCUUGGCCCGUAGAUCAUCGAGUGCGUGGGAAUCGCUGACCGACCUAAUUGUUCUCUGCAUCAACUCAUCCCCUGCCUCCGCUCGUCUGCAGAAUACGUCAGGGGGCAUCACGGAGCACGCGUUAUACAAGCAUCCAGUAUGGAUCAGAGUGAUCAAAUCAAACACUGUUAUUUCUCCCUCUUCUUCUCCUUCUUCAACUUUUCUGGCUCCGCAAAUGGGAUCCCAGCCACCGUCUCCCUCAGGCGCGGCAAGCACAGAGACAACACCUAUGUUGAUCGCGCCACUGCAGCUGUCCACGUCGGGAUCAUCCGCGAAUAUAAGCUUGAAUACGCUCCACAGUGUGUCACAGUACUCAAAUACAGUGAUACCAAGUGCAACAGGCCCCAGUCCUCCAGCUCAAUCUCGGCCUUGCAAAGAGGAAGAAGCGUUGCAGCUCAUAGUGGGCGAGCAUGCAGAUUUAGUGCCGCAGGAAUAUGGAGAGGUCCACGCCAAAGCAGUUUAUAGAAGAGUGACAAGAUGA